UUUUCCACAGGAUAAAAAAUUUGAACAGAAAAGAAAACCCUUCAACUACGAAAUGCAGAUAAAAUCCCACACUACAAAUAGGGCUGCCCUCCUCUCAUUUUUCCUCACCACACCUCAAAGUCUCUCUCUUUCUCUUCCUCUUCCUCUCUGUGCUGGAGAGAAAAUGGCUUCUUGCAAACAAUGGACUGUGUUUUUGAGUUUGCUGUGUUUGGUCUCUGCAACAGUGGCAGCUCCCCCGAAAAAGCCAGUUGCGGUGCCGUUUGGCAGAAACUACAUGCCCACUUGGGCUUUUGAUCACAUCAAGUACUUCAAUGGAGGCAAAGAGAUCCAGUUGCAUCUCGACAAAUACACAGGUACUGGCUUUCAAUCAAAAGGAAAUUACUUGUUUGGCCACUUCCAUAUGCAAAUUAAGAUGGUUCCUGGGGAUUCUGCUGGAACUGUUACUGCUUAUUAUCUGUCUUCACAAAACAACGAACACGACGAGAUCGAUUUCGAGUUCUUGGGGAACAGGACAGGACAGCCAUACAUUCUGCAGACCAAUGUGUUCACGGGUGGAAAGGGGGAUAGAGAGCAGAGGAUUUUCCUCUGGUUCGACCCUACUGCAGCUUACCACUCCUACGCCGUCCUCUGGAAUCUCUAUCAGAUUGUAUUCUUGGUGGACGACAUACCGAUCAGGGUGUUCAAGAACAGCAAAGAUUUGGGUGUGAAAUUCCCAUUUAACCAGCCCAUGAAGCUCUACUCCAGCCUGUGGAACGCAGACGAUUGGGCUACCAGGGGUGGUCUGGAAAAGACCGACUGGUCCAAGGCUCCGUUCAUCGCUAGCUACCGGGGCUUCCACAUCGACGGGUGCGAGGCCUCCGUCGAAGCCAAGUAUUGUGCCACCCAGGGUAAGAGAUGGUGGGACCAGAAGGAGUUCCAAGACCUUGAUGCUCAGCAAUGGAGAAGGCUGAGGUGGGUCCGCAAGAAAUUCACCAUCUACAACUACUGCACUGACCGAGUCAGAUACCCUUCUAUGCCACCAGAGUGCAAGAGGGACAGAGACAUAUAAACCAAGAGUAAAUUAUGAUUAGGCUGAUAUACUUGCAACAUCUCGUGACGUUGUUACUGUCGCACGAGGAUAUAUAAACGCUUUGUUUUGUUCGAGCGAGUGCACCGAUUAGAGAAGAAGAUGACACGUACUCAGUGUUAUUACGUAUUCCAUUGUUUUUUCUAUCGAUUGUAUCGUCGAUUAGCAUGCAGAUUCAUUAUCCGUAUGAGUGUUAUUAUCUUUAAUUCCGUUAAAUUAUUUUUUAACAGAAGGUUUGUUAAAUUAUCAUAAUCUUUAAAUAAAUAAUAUAUAGUUUCUGUGUUCUCUUCAA